AAUUCCCCCCCUCUAAUGACUGGAAGUGAGUUGCACCAGUUCAGUACUGUACUAACCGGCGACUGUCCGUAGCCUAGCGGAGCACAGGCGUGUGGGAGCGCAGUUAAAAGUUUCGCCUUGUACGGAGAGCACCUGCUGUAUCUCAAACUUCAUUCCCUGCUUGGUUGUCCACUCACCCGCCGACAUGACCCUCGGCGCGGUGUCCGACAGCUCGUCGGCGGUCAGCUUCUGCUCAUGCUGCGGAGCGAAGAUGGUGCCUUACUUCAGCGACGACGCGGUGGUGUCCAAUAAUCAAAUAAACCAACUUAUUAGCGAGAGCUUCCUUACAGUAAAAGGUGCAGCCCUUUUCCUGCCAAGAGGAAACGCUACCCCUCGUGUCAGCCAGCGCAGGAACAAGCACACAGGGGAUCUCCAGAAACAUCUCCAAACUAUGUUCACUGUGCUGCGGCCGGAAGACACAAUCCGACUGGCUGUACGUCUGGAGAGCACUUACCCUCAGGUAACCCACUACAUGGUGGUGGUCUCCACCAAUGGUCGACAGGACACAGAGGAGAGCAUUGUGCUUGGCAUGGACUUCUUUUCCUCUGACAGCUGUUGUACAGUGGGUCUGGUUCUACCUCUGUGGAGUGACACUCUGAUCCACUUGGAUGGAGAUGGAGGUUUUAGCGUAUCAACUGUGAAUCGAGUUCAUGUUUUCAAGCCAGUAUCAGUUCAAGCAAUGUGGUCAGCUCUCCAGUCGCUCCACAAAGCAUGCGAGGUGGCCCGGUGCCACAAUUACUACCCAGGCAGUCUGUUCCUGACGUGGGUCAGCUACUAUCAGAGCAGGAUCUCCUCCAACCAGUUCUGCAUCAACGAGUGGAACGCGAUGCAGGAUGUUGAGUCCCACCGUGCCAAUUCACCUGUUCUCUUCACAGACUUACCCACAGAGCGGGAGCGCACGGAGAGACUGAUCAAGAUGCGCCUCAGAGAGAUCAUGAUGCUAAAGGACUUGGAGAAUGUUACCUGCAAGGAGAUUCGUACAGAGCUUGAGAUGCAGAUGGUGUGCAACCUGAGGGAGUUUAAAGAGUUCAUAGACAACGAGAUGAUUGUCAUUCUGGGACAAAUGGACAGCCCCACUGAAAUCUUUGAACAUGUCUACCUGGGCUCAGAGUGGAACGCCUCCAACCUAGAGGAGCUGCAGAACAGCGGAGUUCGCUACAUCCUAAAUGUGACCAGAGAGAUAGACAACUUCUUCCCAGGAAUGUUCGAGUACCACAACAUCCGAGUGUACGACAAAGAGGCCACCAACCUGCUGGAGUACUGGAACGAAACCUACAAGUUCAUCACCAAAGCCAAGAAAGCCGGUGCCAAGUGUCUGGUUCACUGUAAGAUGGGUGUGAGUCGCUCCGCCUCAACGGUGAUAGCCUAUGCGAUGAAGGAGUAUGGCUGGACGCUGGACGCCGCCUUUGAAUAUGUGAAAGAAAGAAGAGCUGUCACCAAACCAAACCCUUCAUUCAUGAAACAGCUGGAGGAGUAUCAGGGAAUUCUCCUUGCCAGCAAACAGAGGCAUAAUAAACUAUGGCGCUCCCACUCAGACAGCGACCUGUCAGAUCGACCGGAAGCACUGUGUAAAUCCUCAUCUCACUCCCUGGGACGCUCCGACUCCCAGAGCAACAACAAUUCCUCUCCCUCAUUGCAUCACUUCCUGGGUGUGGCCGUGCUCCAAGCUCUAGUCGCCGACCCCGAUGAUGACGCUGCAAAAUCCACCUCAGAACUCCGCACACGCUGCAACGGCGACUCGCCGUCGGGUUGCAAAGACAUUGUCUUGUCACCCUCGCCGCCACCACAAGCAGAGGAAGGAGACGCCAACAUGGCAGAUUUGGUCAUCACGGCGCCUCGUCCUCCACCCUCACUGCAUAUCCUCCCUCCAACACCUGAACCUCAGCGCGCUCAAAGGGGUCAUGUGACCCCCGUGGCGAGCUCAGACAAUAAACCGGUGGAACUGUUUCUUCGCUCCCCGGAUCAGAGCAGCUCCGAAGAUCUUUCUCCCAUCACCGUGAUGUCCAACGACUCCGAUACAUCCGAACCGUCGGCAUCGGAUACGCCCAGCGACAAGCCCAGCCCGCGCAGCCCUGUCAGCGACACCCAUGUGACGACACCGCUUCCCACCGAGCACAGCGACGACAACAAUAACCCCGAUGACCUGCAUGUGGCCGACACCAUGGACGCACGCGGUGACGCCGACGGCUCGUCAAGCCACAGCUCGGACAACAUUGACUUUUUCAGCGCCAGGGAAAAGUUUCUGGGUUUAGCCCAAGAGGACAGAACUCAGAGACUAUCUGAGCAGAGGACCGCAUCACUGGACGGCGAUGAAGAGGAGGAGAGUGGACAAGGGACAAGUCAGUCUGAGGACGACGAUGACAAGAUCAGCCCCGAGCGUCCUCAUCACCCUCACCACGACAACGCAAUAUCAGUUCGCAAUAUUGUCACCGAAAUCGAAGCCAUAAGCCACCCAGUUACUUCCGUAGCUUCUCCCGCUGGCUCUUCUUCAUCACCCCCCCCUCUACCAUCACAUGGCCUUCAACUCGUGCGACCGGAUCAUCAUGAGGAGGAGGAGGAGACGGGAGACACUCCUGUCUCGCACCUGCAGUCUCCAUCCAUGCUGCCGUGCGACUGGCCGGCAGGCUCUGUACGGCGUGCCACUGAGCAGCUGGAGCAGAAGCUGAGGCAGGAAAUGAAGAUGGCGGCGACGCAGCGCUCGCCACUGCCCUCGCCUUGCGCCGAACAGCCUCCUGUCAGAAUACCCUCUCUAAACGUUGAAGAGCCGCCCCCUCGUGCUCCUCAGCACUCCACAGAAGAGGGGUCCACUCAGGGAGAGAGCACUGCUGAGUCCAAGGAUGAAGAGGAUGCAGGUUCAAGACCAGGCAACCUCCAAAACACUUCCUGUUCUCCUAACUCGUCUAUCAGCCUAAGCCAUAUGAAACAGGAACCAUCUCUAGAUGCUUCAACCUGUACCCAAAGUCUGGAUGGGGUCACAGUCCAGGAGUCUGACACCGACGAGACCAGCCAGGAACAAGACCAGGGGCGACCUCAAGAGCCGAGGUACCCCAUGGACGUAGAGCUAACGCGUUGUAAAGUGGCAUGCUCCGAAACGCCGCCCACAGUCCUGGACAUGUUGCAGCGCUUGAGACAAGAUGGGAAGAGCUUCCUGGAGCCGGUCGGAUGGCGCCGAGCCAUCGAGCUGGUGGCUCGCAUCCGCCAGGCGGGCCUCACUCCACCUUCUCUCAUGAAGAGGUCCGCCUCCUUGGCUAAACUGGACUGCUUAGAACUAUCAGCCACUGACCUCAACGACCUGGACCUGAGUCAGCACAGCAGGACCACUUCAGCCCACUCCCACCACUCCUUCGCCACGUCUUCGUGUCACUGGGACAACACGUGGAAGAAGCAGAAAGUUCUGACCCGGAACGCCUUCACACAAACGCGCUCGUCCCGCGACCAUUCGCCGCCGCCGCUGUCCAUCUCUCACGCUCAUCCGAGAGCGGAGAGGAGUCAGAAGGAGGAGCCAGACGGCGCGCCGGCCAUGUCGUCGCGGCAGCAGGGGAGGGCUCAUGCGUCGCGGCGUUCGAGGAAAGCGAGCGAUAGAAAGCAGCGCGUCUCCACGCUGCUGUACAACACCAUGUGACCUCACUAGCUUCCUGGACUGGAAGUGGACUCAGCACCACGCGUGCCAAUGUCGAUGUGUAGCAGGUGUGUGUUUGCAUGGCAACUACUGGAUGUGUUUCAACUGGAUUGUCAUGCACUCUUUUGAGUGUGUGUGUGUGUGUGUGUGUGUUAUUUUGGGGGCUUUUUCUCAAAACAUGCACUUUACUCUUUUCAUAUGUUCUUUUAUUUGAACCACUCCGCAAGAAUGUUUUGCACUGAUGUCAUAAACGGAUGUCUUUAACUCAGAUUUGAAUUUAACCUGGUCAAAGCUGAUGUUUGAUACUUUUUUUAUUUUAUUUUAUUUGGUGCUUUAGAAGUCAAUAAAUACCACCGGUUUGUUUUGA